AUGCUUGCAAAGCUCAACGUCGCUGCUGUUCUGGCAGCUUCGCUCUCAGUUGUCUCAGCCCAGACCUACCAGCGUCUUGGAACGUGCCCAACCCUAGGGUGUCUUCUGCCACCUGAUCAGAGUGAUUUUCUUCCUGGUCAGCUUUUUGACCUGAGAGUUGAAGUUCACGCCCCCGUCAAUGGCUCUGAGGCUGCCCACGAUGGCAAGCCUGAUGAGAAAUUCAAGGUGACUAUUGCAAAAGAUGGCAAGGAGGCCAAGGAUAUCACCAACUUCUUCGGAGUGAAGGAGCCCGAGUUGGAGAAGUGGACUUUCAAGUGGUACGAGGAUCUCUUUGCCGAGGACAAGAAGACUCCGUCAAUUGUCAACGUCGCCUCCAAAGCUUAUCGCAAGCUCUCCCUGGACGAGCCCGGCAAGUACACCGUGACUCUACAGUACUAUGGGGGUGAGAAGACAACGGCUGAAUGGGUUGUUCGUCCUAUUGUCAAGAAGCGCAAGGCCAAGAAUGUCAUCUUCUUCAUUGGUGACGGCAUGACCACUAACAUGAUUACUGCUGCCCGUCUUCUUGGGCACAAGAGCAUCAACGGCAAAUACCAGACUCGCAUGCAGAUGGACGAGUUUCCUGUUCUUGGCCACCAGAUGACUCACUCGAUUGACAGCUAUAUCACCGACUCUGCCAACUCAGCCUCUGCUCUAUACUCUGGUCACAAGAGCACUGUCAAUGCCAUGGGAGUCCAUGCUGAUUCGUCUCCGGACCCUUUCGAUGACCCCAAGGUCGAGACCAUUGUUGAAAUCUUCCGCCGAAUUACCAAAGGUGCAUGGGGCGCCGUCUCCACGGCAUUCUUGGCUGAUGCCACCCCCAUUGCUCUCACCGGCCACACCCGUCGCCGUUCUGAGUACGGUCCUCUUAUAGACCAGGCUCUCAACGGCCUGACCAACUACAGCUGGACUAACCAUGAAGGCCCUGAUGUCUACUUCGGUGCUGGUGCCGAGCAGUUCUUCGCCGGUAAGGGCAGUUACAAGGGCAAGGACUACUAUGAAGAGUUUUCAAAGAAGGGAUACUCUGUCAGCUUGAACAAGACCUCGCUGGAGAUGAUUGACACCAGCAAGAAGGCCCUGGGUGUCUUCUGCCAGAGCAACUUGCCCGUCUGGCUGGACCGUAAUGUUUACAAGGACAACCUAAAGAACUUCAAAAAUAACCCCAAGGGCGGAAAUGACUCUGCCCUUGAUCUCCCCGGCCUGAAAGAGAUGACUCUCAAGGCUGUUGAGGUUCUCCACAAGCGUGGCGGUGACAAGGGCUUCUUCCUCAUGUCCGAGGCUGCCUCUGUCGACAAACAGAUGCACGCCCUUGACUACGACCGUGCCCUCGGCGAUCUUCUUGAACUCGACGACACUGUCCGUGAGACCAUCAAGAAGCUCAAAGAGCUGAAGAUAUUGGAUGAGACACUGGUUGUUGUUUCUGCUGACCACGGCCACGGGUUCGAUGUCUGGGGAUCCGCUGAUACCGAGUACAUUGCCGAGCACGACGAUGAGCGCACCAAGCGCAACGCCAUCGGCGUCUACGAAAAGUCCGGUCUCUCCCAAUACACCGAGAAGAACAAGAACAUUCAGUAUGGCACCGGCGUCAACUUCCCCUCAAACUGGGAGCCUCGGUACGCCAUCGCCGGUGGUGUCGGCGCUGCCCCCGACCACCGAGAGGACUACAAGGUCCACAAGAGCGGUCCUCGUGAGCCUGCGGUCAAGGGCGCCGACGGCAGCUACAUUGUCAAUGCCAAGGAUUCGCCCAACGGUAUUGUCAUCAACGGCACUCUGCCUACCAACGAGGCUCAGGGUGUGCACUCGCUUACUGAUGUGCCUGUGUUUGCCAUGGGCCCCUGCCAGGAGACCUUUGGAGGCACCUACAACAAUGUGGACAUUUUCUACAAGAUGGCUACGUGUUUAGGCCUGGCGCGCCCAAAUACUGAAGGCAAGAAGCCCAAGAAGCAGUAA